AUGUCACAACCUCCCAGCGUCAGAGAAGAAGCCUCAGAACCCUUUCUCCCAUCUACCACUACCGCUUCAUCCCACGAAGAAUCGCCCAUCACACCAAUCGAAAUGAUUCGACACGAAAACCUAUCUCGGCACUCCAUUUUGAUUCAAGCUUCCGCCCUACUCUUUGUUGCUGCUGUAUGGUCAAUCGUCUUCAGCUCUUUCUCUUUCACUUCCUUGCCUUUAUUCGGCUACCAUCCGCUUAUUCAAUCACUCACAAUCCUCCUCCUCCUCCAAGCGAUUGUCGUUUUACAACGAACCACCCCAUCGCAACCAACCGAAAAGAAAUCUGCCUUCACCGCACAUCAAACUAUCAACCUCCUUUUCGCCCUCCCAUUGUUCACUGCAGGAGCAAGUAUUAUGUGGUAUCUCCACCACAAGCCUAAUGCGGCACAUUUUAUCAGCUAUCAUGGAAUUUUAGGAACGGGAGUGGUGGUUGCGGCGUGGAUUCAAGCUGCGUUAGGGGCUGCUAGCGUCUGGUGGAAAGGGAAACUAGUGGGUGGGGAAAAUAAGGGUAAGGCUUUGUGGAAGUGGCAUAGAUUAAGCGGAUACGUUUUGGUGGGGCUGUUUUUGACAACGGCGGUUCUGGGAGUGCUGGAGGCGACCUGGGGAAAGGGAAACGCGGGAAAUGUGCAAAAGUUGCUGGCGGUGGUGGGGUUGGGGUUGUCAGGGUUUGCGCUGUUAAAUAGGGUCAGGGUUGGCAAGUUGCCCAAGUUGAGAGGUUGA